AUCUACAUUGGUUGCGUCCACGACGCCACGGAUCGUGACCUGCUCACCCGUACUGGCAUCACCCACGUCCUCAGUGCCUUGGAAGACUGCCCCGAGGUGCCCAUGAGCAUUGAACAGCUUCAUCUUCCCAUCUCCGACACCUUCAGCUCGGAGUUUGAGGUCUUGCCCAGCUUCUUGCGCGGCGCCCAGUUUAUCCACGAAGCCGUCAGCGCUGGUGGACGCGUCUUGGUGCACUGCGCCGCUGGCGUCUCGCGGUCCCCAACCAUGGUUGCCGCUUACCUCAUUCUCUACCACAACAUGUCCAUGGAAACGUCCAUCAGCCACCUGCAGGCGCUGCGCCAGGUGGUCUCGCCCAACCUCGCGUUUUUGGGCGUUCUGCUCACCAUGGAGCAG